UGACAAUGAACAGUGAGAUUUUAAAAGUUAAAGUUUUCUAACUGUUAAAAUACAAACUCAAUACCACCUGUUAAACUAUACAAAGUGAAUAGCCUUCAAUUAAACUCUUGUCCUCAAGCAGCAUUUUGCUUACGAUGCCUGUCCUACGCUUUGAGUGGUGCAGAUGAAUGACUUUUUUCAACCCUGCCCGUGAAAUUUAAAUUCACUGACAUUUGCCCACAUUUACCAUACAAUUCUCCUUGGGCAACAAUUCUCCUUUCCCCGCCCAACAGCUCCCUCGCCACAACACGGAUGGAGCAUGGCUGAUCGAGGGGAUUUGACUCUAACGCUCCCUGAAUCUUAAGGCGCUAGGAAGGAAGGUGGGUCCCCCCUGAGUGCAGCUCCCCAAGCUGGCUCGGCGGGGUGAUUCCCGGCCUACUUGCUUGGCCCGCUCCUCCUCCGGGCGGCGGGUCAGCAGCGCAAGCACCGUUGGGCGUUCAGUCCCGCUGGGCUCGUGCUGCUGAAGCAGAGGAGCCCGCGCUGCAGCGAGGGCGGGGGCAGGCCAGGGGCUAGAGCCGUAGCGCGCGCGCGCGCCUCUCUGGGGCCGUGAGGACUGCGCAGAGAGGGGGACACGGACGCUCAUGGUAACCAAGCAACUGGGAGGGGGCUCACUGUCUCUUUAAGGGCGAGUCGAGUGCCUAUCACAUGGAUGCGGCUCUAAGCUCGGCGCCGCGCUUACAGGGUUGGAUGGGGCCCGCAGCCAGCCAGGGUCGAAUUCGGGACUCGGCUAGUCGGGUCUGGAGCGCGGGGGGUUUGACUGGGCCGCGGCGUGGCUGCUGGUGUUUCAGGGCAGGGGAUCGCAGCGCCUCGAGCGGGCGCGCCGGGCCCCUGUCCCAUGGCGUCUGUGCUGCCUCAUCUUCUUUGGAUAGAUUUCUUAUGAUAUGGAAUUUGAAGCCACAGUCCAGAGCUUUCAGAUUUGUGGGUCACGUGGAAGCUGUGACCAGUGUACAGUUUUCACCAGAUGGGCACCUCGUGGCAUCUGCUUCUCAGGAUCGGACUGUUAGACUAUGGAUUCCCUGUGUUCAUGGAGAAUCUUCAGCCCUGAAAGCCCAUACUGCACCUGUCCGUAGUGUGAACUUCUCACAUGAUGGCCAGUUCCUAGUUACAGCGUCCAAUGACAAAUCAAUAAAAGUAUGGAGUGUCUACCGGCAGCGCCUUUUGUUUUCCUUAUCCCAGCACACACACUGGGUUCGCUGUGCCAAAUUUUCACCUGAUGGAAGAUUAAUAGCAUCUUGCAGUGAGGAUAAAACUGUUAAAAUCUGGGAUGCAGCAAAUAAAAUAUGCAUUGAUAGCUUUACAGACUAUGAAGGGUUUGCAAACCAUGUUGAUUUCAAUCCAAGUGGUACAUGUGUAGUUUCUGCAGGUUCUAAUCAUACAGUGAAGCUCUGGGAUAUUCGAAUGAACAAGUUACUGCAGCAUUACCGAGUUCACAGAGGAGGAGUUAAUUGUGUAUCAUUCCAUCCUUCUGGUAACUAUCUCAUCACUGCUUCUACUGAUGGUACCCUUAAAAUUAUGGAUCUCUUAGAAGGAAGACUUAUAUAUACGCUUCAUGGACACAAGGGACCUGUGCUUUCUGUGGCCUUUUCCAAAGGUGGGGAAAAAUUUGCAUCAGGUGGAGCUGAUGCACAGGUAUUACUGUGGAAGACGAAUUUUGAUUCAUUUAACUAUAAGGAAGUUCUUAAACAACAUAGAAGAAGAAUACAUACUGAUGACCCACCUCACCUUCUUGAUAUUUAUCCAAGAUCACCUCAUCCCCAUGAUGGGCAAUCUCAGUCAAUUGAAAUAGAUCCUAGCUUCGAUGUGACAGAUACACAAACGCUUGACCCACCUGUCGUAGAUAUUAGUUCCUCCGUGUAUUUCAGUUCUCCGCUCUCAAGUCAAGGCUGUAGAAUUCUGUUUAUCCUGUUACUGACUACACUGCUAACAUCUCGUUCAGUCAAGGAAUGCAGCCACCCGCUCCACUUUAAAUGAUGAAAGUGACUUAUGUCCAUGUCAGCUCCAUUACAGUGGCUCUCCCUGCUGCUGUCUUGGUACUCCCUAUGUGGUCAAUAACUAGCAAUAAAAGCAGCAUUGCAGUGCCUAUUGUGUUUCUGUGCAUGAGGAAAAAGUACUUAUUAAUAGUUAAGAACAGAAGGGACCAUUAUGAUUGUCCAGGCUGACCACCUGCAUAUCUCAGGCCAUGGAAUUUCACCUACUAAUUUCUGCAUGAAGCUAACAUCUGCUUGAGCUAGAUCAUAUGUUUUUUUUAAGAAAGAUCUCCAAUCUUGACUUAGAUUUCAAGUGAUGGAGAAUCCCUUGUUAUGCUUUUAUCUGUUACUAUCAGAAAACUUCUCCUCUUUUAGGUUUUUAUGAAUCCAGACCACGUGAACUGUUUUAAUCUUCUCUUCAUUAAACUAAACAGUGUUUUAAGACUCUCACUAAAAGUUUUCCAGACCUUGAAUCAUUCUUGUAACUCUCUUUCUGAACUUCUUCCAGUUUUUCCACAUCCUUUUUUGAAGGGUGGACACCAGAACUGGACAAAGUAAUCAGACAAUGGUCUUACCAAUGCGGUAAUACAUAUUUAAUACCAUCUUCAUCCUCCUACUUGAUAUUUCCCUACUUAUUAUACAGUCAAUGAUUACAUUUGCACUCUCAGCUGUUAUAUCACACUGCAAACUCUUGUUCAGUUGAUUAUAUACCAUAACACCUUAGUUCUUUUUAGUGUCACUGCUUUCCAAGAUAGAUCCACUCCCACAUCCUGCCAGUUUGAUCUAUGUUAUUUGUUCCUAGAUGUGUGUCCUUGUAUUUGGCUAUAUUAAAAUUCAUGGUGUUUGAAUGAGCCAUACUUACCAAGUGACCCAUAUUACUCUGUUGUGUUGACCUGUCUUUAUUAUUUACCAUUCCACCAAUCUUUGUGAUCUAUAAACUUUUUCAGAAAUUAUUUUGUUUUCUUCUUGAUUAUUGAGAAAGAUAUUGACCAGCAGUGGGCCAGUAACAGAUUCUACUGGAAUUACUAGAAACACCACCAUUUGUUGAUGAUUCUCCAUUUACUUUUGAAGAUUCAUCAACUAACCAGUUUUUAACCUAUUUCAUGUGCUACACUGACUUUCUAUAGUGCUAAUUUUAAUCAGAAUAUCGUGCAGUAUGAAAUCAAAUGUAUUACAGAAGUCUAGGUAUAUUUUGUCAACACAUUUCCGUUUUUUUCAACCAAGAUUACAGUCUAAUCAAAAAAGAUAUUAAGUUUGUUUGACAAGAUCUAUUUUUCAUUAAAGCUCCCUGAUUGGCAUUAAUUAUGCUACCAUUCUUCAUAGAUUGCAUCUCAUAUCAGCUGUUCACUUGAUUUUUUUUUUUUUCAGCGACAUCACUAUCAAGCUAUCCUACCUAAAGUUACACAGGUCAUUCUGUUUGCCCAUUUUAAAUAUUGAUGCAUUAGACUUGGAGAAAUUCCAGAGGACUGGAAACAAUAUUCCAAGAUAUAUUAAAAAAUUAACAUCAGUGGUUCACUGGUUCAACAUUUAAGAUUUUGGGGUGCAAGUUAUCUAGUUUCCCAGAAUUAAAAAUGUUUUAAGGAGAGUG